AUGCUAAAUGAGAGGGAGUUCAUGGGAUGGGCAGGAAUGCCAGGCAGUGGUAUGCUGCCCUGGCAUCGAGGCAAAAAUGCCAGGCAGUGGUAUACUGCCAUGGCACGAGCUAAACUCAUUCGCCUCGUUUUAGCUAGGUUGCUUCUUGUGCCAACGGAGCCGUGUACCGCGAUUGACCUCUUCAACGAGGGACGGGGAGAACCAAAAUUGGGAGGAAAGGUAGUUUCGGCUGUCUACUGCCAUUACCCUACUGUUAGAGACAACCCAAACAGCUACGGAAGCUUCCAGGAGACGCUCUUCUCCAUCCACCCGGAGGUGGCUCUUGCUAUUGCUGCUUCUCGAAGGAAGAUCCAAUGGAGUUUGACGUCGUCUGUGCUCAUAGCAACCUCAAGUAAGCUCUGCUUGUCGUGUCAUGAAUGGUUGAAGGGAUUCGAGGCUGAGGAAGGGAUAAAGAUACGCGUCGGUCCUUGGGGAGGUGAGAGGAAAGCUGGAUGGACUGUACCUGGUGCUUGUUGGGGGUUGGAGGUUCCAGUAGAAGUCUCCAACACGCGUGCCAGGAACCUCUUGGAGGAUAAGGCGGGGAGAGUGGCUAGAAGGUGGAAGGAUGGGGCACUCGACAGCUUGUCGUCAACAGAGAGGUAUGAACUUCGCCAAGCUCAACAGGAUGCGAGGAGAAAGAGGUUUGGUGUGCCGCGGGUGGUUAGGUAG